UUAGCUCAGUCAUGUUGGGUUGGAGAGGAGCACUUCUUUGUGCAUUUCUGUCCCAGCUUUGGACAUUAACUCCAGGUUCUGCUGAUAAAGCCUGCAGUGGCUUCGGGCACUUGGAAAAUGGACGUAUGUUCUUUCGUUAUGGAGGAUUGUAUGUUACCUUCACCUGUAAUCCAGGAUUUCGGAUACACGGUUACCGUACUAGCAGUUGUGUGUCCGGACAGUGGGCUAGAGACCCUCCACUAUGUGUGGCAUCAGGAUGCCCAGGUCCAGGUGAUCUCCUGCAUGGCAGCGCUGUGGUGUCUAAAGACAGAUCUCUGGCAUCCUUCAGCUGUGGUGCUGGAUUCAGUUUGUCUGGAUCUGCACUGCUCUACUGCAAGGGGAAAAACUGGAACAGCACUAAACCUGUCUGCAAAGUGGCAGAUAUUAUGAGUGUUCUCCAUCUGAAUCAAGAGUUUUUACAUGGUCCAGCACAUGUUCCUACAGGUCUAAAAAAUCACUUGCAAAGCCAUUUAAACACCAUGGCCAUCACAGCUCACAAAGACGCGUUUCUCAAAUCAGCUUUACUUGAAGUUCCUCACAUGACAAUCGACUCGAAAAAGCCCUCAAAGAGUCUUAUGUUUGCAUCUGAGCCAAUCAAAAACCCUGAAAACAUUAAGGAUCCAAUCAGGAGCUCUGAUCUUCAGAAACCAGUUCCAGUGACAUCCAAUGUGAACACGAUGUCAUUGGCAAGUUCCUUUAACAAUCUUAUUUUAACCACUGCAUCAAGCAGCUUUAAUACUCCAUCAGUGGACCCUCAACAAGUCAAAAUCAUGCAUCAGAUGUUUACUGAAACACCAUACAGAAGGAAUGAGAACAGAUAUCAAUUCACGCUUAGUACAGAUACAACUUCAGUCACUACAUCUGCUGAGGUUUUACUGGAAUACAUUAAAAAUAAACCAUCAACUACACUUGCACCAAACAUCAACACAUUGGGCACAAAUGACUAUCUACAAUCAGGGAGCCUUAUCAAUGAACAUCCAGCCACUUUUAUAUCUCCAACAGCAAGAUAUCCUAGAUUUAUAGUCUCUGAAAAUGAGUCUGUUAACUAUCUGAAGCCCAGUGCUCCUUCUACUUGUAGAGGACUCUGUGAACAAGAUGUUCAGAAAACAUCUCCAUCAACAAAUCCCAUUGGACCUGCAUCAUCUAGCAUGGAGAUCACUGAAAUAGCAACUGAUCUUCCUCCAGUAGAUGUUCAUCGCUUCAUUGAUAAUGCUGAAGAUCAGCAAGUAAAUGACAAAAGCAACCAGAGUGACCUUAAACUGACAUUUGAACCUCUUGAAGAUGUUCCAGAUUUUCCAACUAGAAAACGUCCUGUUUGUCCCUACCCUCCAUUUCCUUCUCAUGGAACGUUCUACUUUCGGUCGAUUAAGAAUCCUGGGCCACUUCAGUAUAAGCAUUAUAUUCAGUACGCAUGUUAUCCUGGAUACACACUGACCAAUGGUGACGUAUACAGCUAUUGUCAACAUGAUGGACAAUGGAGUGGGCAAACACCUCUCUGCUUAGAAUUAACUCCUUGCACCCUACAAAAUGGUGGAUGCUCUCAGAUCUGCCGUGUCAACGAACAUCAUAGUGCCCAGUGUGUUUGCAAACUAGGAUUUCUGCUUUUAGAGGACCAGCGCACUUGUCGAGAUUUGGAUGAGUGUGUGGAGGAGCUGCACCUGUGCCAGCAGGCCUGUGAAAAUACCUUGGGCUCCUAUAGGUGCAGUUGCAGUCCAGGAUUUCAGCUCUCUGCAGACGGGACAUCCUGCUCUGAUGUGGAUGAGUGUCAGCUUGUUGGUCGGGCUCUCUGUGAAUUUGGCUGCAUUAAUACGCCAGGCAGUUUUCAGUGCUUGUGUCCUGAAGGCCACCAGCUGGACAGCACCAACAGACAUUGCAUAGACAUUAAUGAGUGUGAGGACACAGACGUCAUCCAGCAGGAACAGUUGCAGCACAUGUGCGAGUGGAAGUGUGUGAAUCUGCCUGGUACUUACAAAUGUAUCUGUCCUCGUGGAUACAGACUGCACUCUAAUAGACAUCAGUGUGAAGAUAUUAAUGAGUGUGAACUGAAGAACGGCGGCUGUUCACACCUCUGCAUAAACCACAGAGGCGGCUACAAAUGUGCCUGUCCAGAAAAGCACAGAAUAUCCCCAUACAACACAAAAAACUGUCUGCCAGUAGAGAGAGACACCUGAAAAGGACUUGAGGACAUUUGUCUGGUUUUGUAUAUUAAUUUACCCAACUUUUGUAUUGUGUACAAUAUAGUUCAUAUUUUAAACCCGCAGUUUUAUAUAUAUAUAAGUAAGCUCAGAUGGUGAUAGAAACAUUGGUCCUAACUAAAUGUGUAAUUUAUAUGUAUGUACAGUACACUGUAUUUAUAGUAUUUAUUAUUCCAAAUUCAUGUUAUUGCUUACCAAGAAUGUGGUGAUUUUUAACCACCUGUUGUUUUAUGAUGGUAAUCUAAUGCAGUGUUUCCCAACCCUUUUCCUGGAGGCACACCAACAGUACAUAUUUUGGAUGUCCCCCUAACCUGACUAAUUAACUUCAGGUUUUGGAGUCUCUUCUUAUGUUCUAAUUAGGUGAUUCAGGUGUGUUUGAUUAGGGAGACAUUAAAAAUGUGUACUGUUGGUGUGCCUUCAGGAACAGGGUUGGGAAACACUGAUCUAAUGGAUUGUUUUUAUUUUGGUUGAGAUGUGAUGCUGCAGCACCACCCAGUGGUCAGAUUGCUGCGUUACAUUCCUGAGAAAUGACCGCAUAAACACCUAACAGCCAUUUUAUUAGCGACAUCUUGCUGUUAUUAUGUCACACUCAUUUUCCCUUCACAUCUGCCAUAAUUCACUGAGGUAUAUUUAACACGGUGCUGGAAUUAUUCAUAUGAACCUUUGAUUUAUAUCAUCAAUUUGUUGCUGCACAUUCAUAAAUCUCAAACGCAUCGCAAAGGUUCUCAUUUGGAUAGAGAUCUGAUGGUGGUGGCAUUUUGAGUAUACCAGUGAACUCAUUAUGAUGUUCAAGAAAAUUGUUUGUGAUUAUCUGAGUUUUGUGACAUGGGCUGUUUCUCAAUUCCAAGAAUGCAGAGAACUGACUCGUGUUCUUGUGAAGACCGGUCUUGCCAGGUCACCUCAGAAGAACGAACUUGGGAGACCACGAGAACACAGAACGUUUCCUGUGAGAAAUGAGAAGCUGCGUUCUUCCUGAUCUUCACGCGUUUUUAAUGAAAAACAUUACAGCAUUCAUACGAUUUAUUGUUUUUUCCCCUUUUCAAAAUAUAGACUAUGCAUAAAGACUUUACAGAUAUACAACACAAUACAAAUAAAAUGGAUUUUAAUACAAAUUUCAGCAAAUAAACACCCUUAAUGUGUUUAUGCCUUUAUAAAGAUGUUCAUGGUAAUGUUUACUUUCACCGUUUCAUUUAGGGAAACUCCUGACUGCUAAAUAAGUUAUAUCGCUGAACUUUAAUAAUAAAUCUAUAUACAGUAUAAUGCUGUGCUUCCCACCUCCAGUCGCAAUGACUUCUGGGACUUCUAGAGCGAGUUCGGUGCUCAAGUCUGCAUCGGUGUGUCCUCGAUACCAAGAACACAUCCGGGAACUUUCAUGCAUCCUCCGUUCUUACGGUCUUGAGUAUUGGAACUAAACUUAGGCAGUUGAAGAUGACCUUACACGAGAACACAAGGACGCAAGAUCGCUGAAGAACGCAUACUGAGAAACAGCCAUGGUGUGCUGUCCUGCUGGAAGUAGCAUCAGGUACAGCUAGGCUGUAGUGUAUUUACUAUGUAACAUUAACAUUAAGGGGAUAGUUCACCACAAAAUUUUGGUUCUGCCAUAAUUUACCCACCUUACCCUGAUUUUUGUUUUGUUUUGUUUUAACACACAAGUAGAUAUUUUGAUAAGUUGUAAACCUAUUAGUAGGAAAACUUCUAAUUAUUUUCUUUUGUGUUCAACAGAAGAAAAAAAACUAAAACUGGUUUGGAAUGACAGAAUUUUCAGUUUUGGGUGAACUAUCCCUCUUAAGAGGCCCAACGUGCUAAUAAAAUCCCCCACACCAUUAUAACACAAAGAUGGGUUGGUUCAAUGCUUUCAUGUUAUUUAUGCCAAAUUCUGACUCUGCCAUCUGAAUGUUGCAGCAGAAAAUAAGACUCAUUGGAUGAGGCAACCAUUUCCUUAUCUUCUGUUUUCAAUUUUGCUGAGUCUCUGUAAACUGUAGCUUCUGUUUCUCCGUUCCUAGCUGACAGGAGUGUGCUUUCUGCUGCUGUAGCUCAUCUGCUUCAACUUGUGCAUUCAGAGAUGAUCUUUUGCUUACUUGUAAUAAGAGGUCAUUAGAGUUACUAGUGCCUUUCAGUCAUUUUAAAUCUAGUCUAAUCUAACCAUGCCAUGCUCACAGUCACUUUAAAUAAACUUUUCUUCCCUAUUCCAGUGUUUGAACUUUAGCAAUUCGCCUUGACCAUGUUCGCAUGUCUAAAUGUAAAGAGUUGCUGCUGCUGUGUUAUUGGUGUAUUAAAUGCUUGCGUAUUUGUAGCAAACAGUGUAGGUCAUUGGGUUACUUGCGCAAUAAAUGAUUAGUUUUAGGUUCAACUUGCUGCAAAGAGAUGUGUAUCUGACUGACAUCCUGAACACAUAAACUGUCUAGUUAAUUUGGUAUGAUUUCAUCAG